AGAUACUCAUGGCUAGGAUCUCUCAGUAGGAUUCAAGUUUAUCUGUCUACAGAAAUUCACUUUGAAGUGUGGCCUGACAGAUACUGCCGCUUUUAUUAGCCUUUGAGAGUAAAGUCGGUUUCAAUGUGGUAUAUACUCCUGAUAUUCUUCUUCUCUACUGUAGAAACUUGGGACUACUGUGUCAUCGGUGCUGGACCUGGAGGCAUCCAGCUGGCAUAUUACUUCCAGAAAUCGGGAUUAGAUUAUGUAAUAAUCGAAAGAAAUAGUAUUCCAGGUUCAUUUUUUGAAGUCUACCCACGACGACGCACCCUCAUCUCCAUAAACAAGCGCCACACUGGUGAGACGAACACAGAGUUUAACAUGAGACACGACUGGAACAGUUUACUAAGCGAUGAUCCAGAGAUGGUUUUUAAACACUACAGUAAAGAGAUGUUCCCUCCCGCCGAUACUUUCUUGGAGUAUCUACAAGACUAUGUAGAAAAGUUCAAGAUAAAGAUCCAUUACAACACCAACAUCGACCAGAUCGUCCAGGAUCCGUCCGACAGCUCUUUUUCUCUUUUCACCUCAAAGUCUGACGUGUACACGUGCAAAUACGUUGUUGCUAGCACAGGAAUAUCAGUCCUUCAUAAGUUCAAAGGCUCAGAUGACGUCGAGGGCUACGACACUGUCUCCCACGACCCGCUCCACUACGAGGGAAAGAAGGUUCUUAUCCUCGGAAAAGGGAAUUCGGCGUUUGAGACCGCUGACUUGAUUUACGGACACACAGACUUCGUCCAUCUUUUGUCUCGGGACCGGGUGAAGUUAUCGUGGAACACCCACUAUGUGGGUGAUGUUAGGGGCGUUAACAACCAGCUUUUAGAUACUUACCAGCUUAAGAGUCUGGAUGCGCUAGUUGAGAGGGAUCUUGACAAACAACCAAUAGUGUUCGAGAAGAAAGGAGGUAAGAUAUUCCUGCGGGACCACGAGGAGAACAGGGGCCGUAUCCAGGAUGAAUUUCUAGGCCCCUAUGAUAAGGUCAUCAACUGUCUGGGUUUCGAUUACGAUCCGUCUCCCUUUGCAAAUCUGACGAAAACAAGAAAGGAGGAGGUGAAGGAGGAGAAAUGGACCAAGUAUCCGAGUAUGGGGUGGGAUUUCCAAUCAGCUACCGUAAAAAACCUUUACUACGCGGGCACCAUUACACACGGGCUAGAUAAGAGAGUAUCAUCAGGAGGAUUUAUACACGGGUUUAGAUACUCCUCCCGUACACUGGCCUGGAUCCUGGCAGCAAGGAACCAUGGUAUCAGGUGGCCAAGUGAGACGGUACCUCUCUAUGGCAUCGUCUCCUUCAUGCUGAAGAGAAUGAACGAAAUGAACGGUCCUUACCAGAUGUUCUACGUACUGGUGGAUGUGUACCUACGGCGUGGAAACACUAUCGAAGUGUUCAAGGAUGUCCCCCAUGGCUUGCUGCAUCGCAUCCACGAGUUGCUAGCAGAACCACGUGACGUGUCACGAGACCUGGUUGUGGUGAGGCUGGAGUACGGGGCUGGGUACUCUCAGAUUGGGGGAGACCCUUUCAGGCUCGACCGAACAGAGUUGGACCCAUACCGAGCUCACACCUGUAACUUCAUACACCCGGUCCUCUACCACUUUACCAAACUGCCGCACGCGGUGCCCAUUCGUGGGAAGUCUCUAAAGGGUGCAGCGCGUAAACUCCACCUCUCGGAGGAUCUGUACACGGACUUUGCCACUCUCACCAGACAUUGGGCCCCGCUCAGUAACUUUAUUGGGACAACUUGGAAGGAGGACAUGUCUUAUGUUUCGUCAGAAGAGUGUGUCUACAAACAUCUGACAAGAGAACGUCAAUCUGAACAGUGCAGAAAUCCAACCGUGGUUGUUACAACCACUAAAUUAGCUCAAAGAGAGACAAUCAGAAAAGCAACGAAUUUGACAAAAGCUGAGUUCCUUCUCUGUGACCUCCUCAGCCAAUGACCCAAUUCGGAGGACCAUCCAUCCAAUCGGCAAGAAUAUAACGAGUGACCCUUUUUAGGACUCAGAAUUCGUCCAAUUGAUUCUAUCAGAUUAAGAUCAGCGACCCUUUUCACAAAGUGGGCUCACACAAUUGACAAGAACAUAUAUUUAUCAGUAACCCUGUCAGUAGAAAUACUAUCAUAAUUGAUGCGAUUUUACAGAUAAGAGACUUGAGCGCAUUCUUCUUGUUUGAAAUUUUUAGUAAAAUAAAAACUCUUCAUGUA